CUUAUGGCAACCAGGUGGGGCAUCUGUAGCGCAGGGAAGAUUAGCCACGACUUCACCGUGGCCUUGAGGACCCUUCUUCCCGGAGACCACCAGGUCGUGGCGGUGGCAGCUCGAGACCUGCGGCACGCGCAGGAGUUCGCCGAGAGGCACAGCAUUCCGCGAGCUUACGGGAGCUAUGAGGAGCUGGCUAAAGACGCCGAGAUCGACGUUGUGUAUGUGGGUACCAUUCACCCUCACCACCUGCCUGCGGGAGUGCUCUUCAUGAACGCAGGGAAGAGCGUUCUCUGUGAAAAGCCAAUGGCCAUGAAUGGGAGGGAAGUGCAGGAGCUCAUUGCCACAGCCAGAAAGAACGACGUCUUUCUGAUGGAGGCCGUGUGGACGCGGUUCUUCCCGGUGUCUCUGGAGAUCGGGCGGUCGCUCACCCAGGGCGAGAUAGGGGAUGUGCUAAUGGUGAGGGCAGAUCUGGGGGCCCCUCUCACCCACAUACCCCGCCUUGCGGAGAGGGACCUGGGCGGCGGCGCGCUACUGGACCUCGGGAUCUACUGCCUGCAGUUUGUGGUACUAGCUUUCGGUGGGGAGCGGCCGGAGUCUGUCCAGGCCACUGGAGUCUGUCUGGACUCAGGAGUUGAUGGGACCACGGUUGUCACUCUGAAGUUCUCCAGGAACAGGACCGCUGUGUGCACCUGCUCCAUCACCAUGCAGCUGACCAACGAUGCCGUGAUUGUGGGCACCAAGGGGACCAUCAGGGUCCCUACUAAUAUGUGGUGCCCCACAUCUUUGGUGGUGAAUGGGAAGGAGAAGCAGUACUCACUGCCAGAGCCGGGACAGCAACUCAACUUCCUCCACAGCACAGGGCUGAGCUAUGAGGCUGAGGAAGUCAGGAAGUGCCUGCUCAAAGGACUCAGAGAAAGCUCUCAGAUGUCACUGUCAGAUUCAGCCCUGCUAGCAGAAAUCAUGGAUGAAGCCAGGAGACAAGUGGGUGUGGUCUACAGCCAAGACAGUCAAUGACCUCCU